UUCAUCCCACCAGCCUGGAUACGACACAGUCGGUUCCAGCACACCGGAUUACGAACACGUUAUUGAAUGACUAUGAAUUGAUGUGAUAGAGACUGAGCAGACUCAGCAGAGUGUCAGAUACAUACGUGCUCUAGCAGCUCCAGCAGCUACAGUGACGUCCAACCAGCGCUUCAGCGACGUCCAACCAGCGCUUCGGCGACGUUCAACCAGCGCUUCAGCUGGGAUAAACCCAGAAAGAAUCAAGUAUAGUCGGUAUAUCAGAGCAAAAUGGCCUAUGUCGUGCCCAUCCACCGGGCAAGCAGCAUCCGGCAUGCGUUGAAGCUCGAGUUCCUGAAACCAAAGGAGGAGUGUCUGGUUGUUGCAAAAGCAAAUAGAUUGGAAUUCUACAGUCCAACGCCCGACGGGUUAUCGUUGACGACGUCUCGUCCGCUCUUCGCCCGACCGACGAUGCUCGCCCGCCUCCCUACCCCCGCCGACUCGGAUACAGACCAUCUCUUCGUCGGAACAGACCAGUUCACCUAUUUCACUCUCUCGUGGGAUCGGGAGAGCAGGUCGGUACGGACGGAGCGGCAGUUUGUCGACCUUGCGGAUCCGUCGUCGCGCGAGUCGCAGACGGCCGGUCGGUGUCUGAUCGAUCCGUCGGGACAGUUCCUUACGCUCGAGAUCUACGAGGGCGUGAUUACCGUGGUGCCCAUUGUGCAGUUUUCGGGCAGGAAAAAAAAACCGGGACCGAGUCAUGCAGGAGGAGGAGGAGGAGGAGGAGGAGGAGGAGGAGGAGGAGGUGGUGGUGGUGGUGGGAAUGCUGCCAAAGUUGGGGAACUCGGGGAGCCGACCAACGCACGCAUCGACGAGCUGUUCGUACGCUCGUCGACUUUCAUGCACGUCCAGGCGGGCUCGCCGCGGUUGGCGUUGUUGUACGAGGAUAGCCAGCGUGCGGUGCGGUUGAAGGUGCGCGAGCUGCAGGGCGCAGACGCCACGUUUGUCGAGACAAAGGUGUUUUCGCAGGAAUUGCCCCUCGGGGCAUCGCAUCUGAUACCCGUCCCUGCACCGUUGGGCGGCCUGCUGGUUCUCGGCGAGACCUCCAUCGCCUACGUCGACGAGGAUAACAAUGAUACCCUGUCGCAACCGUUGGAGGAGGCCACGGAUUUCGCCGCCUGGGAGCAGGUCGACGGCCAGCGCUGGCUGCUCGCAGACCUGUACGGCCGCCUGUACUUCCUCAUGCUGGUUCUCGACGCCGACAACCAGGUUAGCAGCUGGAAAUUCGAUCUGCUGGGCACCACCUCCGUCGCCUCCGUCCUGGUCUAUCUGGGCGCGGGGAUCAUCUUUGUCGGUUCCCAUCAGGGUGACUCGCAGGUUGUACGGAUCGGUGACGGCUCCAUCGACGUCUUGCAGACCAUCUCGAAUAUCGCCCCGAUCCCGGACUUCACCGUCAUGGAUCUCGGCAGCCGCACCAGCGAGUCCCAGCAGACGCACGAGUUCUCCUCGGGCCAGGCCCGCAUCGUCACGGGCUCCGGGGCCUUUGGCGACGGCACCCUGCGCUCCGUCCGCUCCGGCGUCGGCAUGGAGGAGCUGGGGGUUCUCGGCGAAAUGAACCAUAUCACUGAUCUGUGGGGGCUACAGGCACAAGACGCCACCGGCAGCACCGACUUUCUCGAUACUCUGGUCGUGACCUUUGUCAACGAGACGCGCGUGUUUACCUUCAGUCCUGACGGUGAGGUCGAGGAACUCGACUCUUUCUUCGGUUUGUCGCUUGCAGAGAGCACCUUGCUCGUCGCAAAUCUGCCCGCCGCCCGCAUCCUGCAGGUCACCGAGCAUCGCGUCCUGAUCGCUGAUGUCGGAGGCAUGCUCUCCUUUGAGUGGACGGCCCCAGCUCAGUCGGUCAUCACGGCCGCCUCGGCAAAUGACAACCACUUGGCCAUCGUUGUGGGAGGACAGAUCCUGACCAUCAUCGACCUCCGCGACUCCAACACCGUCCGCGUACAGUCGCAGAAGGAUCUGGGUGCGGACCGGCAAAUCUCCGGCGUCGCCGUGCCCUCCUCCUCCUCAGCAAGUGAAAACGCAAUCUGCGUGGUGGCGUUCCCCCAGUCGGCGACUGUCUCCGUCCUCUCGCUCGACUCUCUGGACAUCCUGCACGAGAAAUCCCUGGGUCCCGCUGGCGAGGCAUUUCCGCGCUCUGUGCUCGUCACAGAGGUCUUGGCCGAUAGCCCGCCGACGCUUUUCAUCUCCAUGGCGGACGGCAGCGUGAUCACCUUUGCCUUCCAAGCGGAGGAGGGAACCGAAUACUCGCUGACGGGGAUGAACAAGCUGAUCCUAGGCUCAGAACAGCCGACGUUCAAACGACUGCCGCGCGGGGGUAAUGAUAAUAGUGAUAGCCACGCAGGAGGCCUGUCCAAUGUGUUCGCCACAUGCGAGAACCCAAGUCUGAUCUACGGCUCCGAGGGACGCAUCAUCUACUCCGCCGUCAACUCCGAGGGUGCCGCGCGCGUCUGCCACUUCCACUGCGCGGCGUACCCCGGUGCGAUCGCGGUGGCGACGGCCCAGGACCUCAAGAUCGCGCUGGUGGACCGCGAGCGCACGACGCAGAUCCAAACGCUUCCCAUCGGCGCGACGGUGCGGCGGGUGGCGUAUUCGCCCGCGGAAAAGGCGUUCGGCAUCGGUACCAUCUCGCGGACUCUGGAGGGUGGCGCCGAAGUCGUCAACAGCCGCUUCGUGCUCGCGGACGAGAUCCUCUUCCGCCAACUAGAUGCGUUUGACCUGCACGCCGAGGAACUGGUUGAAAGCGUCAUCCGCGCGGAUCUCGUCGUCGGCUCCGACGACGCGGGGCGUCCGUUACUCCGUGACCGCUUCGUCGUUGGCACCGCUUACCUCGACGACGAAGGGCAGGAGUCUAUCCGUGGCAGGAUCUUGAUCUUCGAAGUCGACAAUGGUCGUAAGCUGACACGCAUCGCUGAGUUGCCUGUCAAGGGAGCCUGUCGGGCCUUGGCUAUGAUGGGGGGGAAGUUGGUGGCUGCCCUAGUGAAGACGGUCGUCGUGUAUAAUGUUGUGGCAAACAACUUCAGCGAGAUCAAGCUCGAAAAAGCAGCCAGCUACCGCACCUCGACGGCCCCCGUCGACAUCACAGUGACGGGAAACCUGAUUGCAGUCGCCGACCUGAUGAAGAGCGUGUCGGUGGUCCAGUAUACCGCCGGGGUGGACGGCCUUCCAGACCGCUUGACGGAGGUGGCGCGCCAUUUCCAGACCGUGUGGGCGACGGCCGUUGCGUGCGUGGACGGCGGCGACCCCAGCGAGAGCACUACCGAGGGACAGGGGCAGCAGCAGGAUGGAGAAACAUUUCUAGAAAGCGACGCAGAGGGGAACCUGAUCGUCCUGCGGCGCAACGUCCACGGUGUGACGGAAGAGGACCGCCGGCGGCUCGAAGUCACCGCUGAGAUUUCCCUGGGCGAGAUGGUCAAUCGUAUCCGACCGGUGAACGUCCAGCAGCUCUCCAGUGGGAUCGUCAGUCCGAGAGCAUUCAUCGCUACAGUCGAAGGAUCCAUCUAUCUGUUCGCUCUGAUCAAUGCAGCGCACCAGGACUUCCUCAUGCGUCUCCAGUCAACUAUGGCCGCGUAUAUCGACUCCCUGGGCGGGCUGCCCUUCACCAAGUUCCGUGCGUUCCGCAGUCUGGUGCGCGCGUCCGAGGAGCCCUUCCGUUUCGUCGACGGCGAUCUGAUCGAGCGGUUCCUCCAGCUCGAGCCGCCUGUGCAGGAGGAGAUUGUAGGCUUGGUGGGCGAGGAACUCGACGUUGAUUCUGUCCGUGGGAUGGUUGAGGCAUUGAGACGGCUGCACUAGAUAUUGUAUACAAUGAACGAAAUCUGAUGAUUCUUUUAUUAAUCGACUGUAUUUAAUGAUUGAGCAAAUUUUGAAGAAAUGAUCACUCCGAAUCACUCCACUCGAGCAACUCCUUGAUCUGGUCCUCCGACAGGUUCUUCGCACGAGUGUUGCCCCCCUUCUCCAGAUUCUUCUGGUACUUCUUCUGCCUCUUGCGAGCGUUCUUCCCCCACUCCGGCACGCCACUCGCCGUUGCAAAUUCCUCCGCCUCGUUGAUCUCGUCGUCCGAGUUUUCCACCUCACCGAGCACCUUCCCCGGUUCCCUGGGAGCAGCAGCGGCGGCAGCACCGCCGCCCCGCAGCGAGUUGGCCGAGACCUUCGCCUGCGAGUCCUCCGUCACCCCGAACGCCUCUUCCUCCUUUUUCUUCUUCUCUUCGCGCUUGAGCCGGUCGCGCUCGUACGACCACUUGAAGAACCGGUCGAUAUACGGCCGCACGAGCAGGUAGGCGAA